CAAACACAAUCUCAACCUAAUCUUCAAUAGACUUCCGCCAAUCCCAAGCUAUCUCUAGAAAUAACACCAGGAAAUGAGAUUCAUCGCCAACGUCUGCAGAAACCACAGGCUUUUACUCUCAGCAACCUGUCUCGUUCACCAAACCUCAUCUCUUCACCACUUCACGCGCACAAUGUCUACCACGCUCAAGAGCCACAACGUCCCUCUCAGUCUUCCUGAUGGACUUUCAGAAGAACAACUCACUUCAUUCAUACCAUUUACUAAUUGGGUCAACACACUCACAAACUCACUCCGUCUUCAAUCCGAUGAAUCUCACCCCUUCCACAAAGACCCCUACUCUCUGCGCUCAGUUACAAUCCAAUCCUACGAUCUCUUCGGCGCCAAACGUAUCGGCUUCAUAAAACUCACAGCAACUGUCUCUAAUGACUCGGGUGAAACACUACCAGCAGCCGCACUCCUCCGCGGUCCCAGCGUAGCAAUGCUCUUUAUGCUCAUCCCCUCCGACGUUCCCCCCUCAUCCUCAGAGCGCUACGUCGUCCUCACAGUCCAACCCCGCGUUCCCGCCGGCAGUCUUAGCUUCACUGAACUACCAGCGGGUAUGGUCGACGACGCGGGUAGCUUCGCCGGAGCAGCAGCGCAAGAAAUAAAGGAAGAGCUCGGUGUCACGAUAAAAGAAGAAGAGCUUACAAAUUUAAGUGAGCUUGCUACAGCUGAGGAUAGUGAAGACAUUGCGAGGGGUAUGUUUCCUAGCGCCGGGGGUUGUGAUGAGUAUAUUACGAUAUUUAGCUAUGAGAUGAAGAUCGAGAGGGAGAAGAUCAAGGAGUGGAGUGGGCGGUUGACGGGGUUGAGGGAGCAUGGGGAGAAGAUCACGCUGAAGGUUGUGCCGAUGAAGGAUGCUUGGAGGGAGGGCGCGAGGGAUGCAAAGUGUUUGGCUGCUUUGGCUCUUUGGAGGGGGCUGGAGGAGGAGGGGAAGUUGUAGAGAUAUUGCGAUGUCCUGGUUGUUGGUGGUAGUAACUUGGGUGAGGCUGUCAUCCCACUCCGAAGCAUGCGAGAUAGGAUGUGUUGAGGCUGUCGCUCUUGAGCAUGGUUAUAGGCUAGAUAAGGGUAAAAUACCCAAUAAUCUCCUGGAAGAAGCAUUGAGUUUAACUGAG